UCUUGUCAGCAGGAAGGUGACAGGCUUGGUUGGAGGGCAAUGAAGGUGCCCAAACUGUGCAAUGGUUAAAGACCACAAGAAAGCCCAGUGUAGAUAGGUCCUGAUAAUAUCUUAAGACCUAGUUCAAGUAGAAAGUUCAAAGGGACUUCACAGACAAGGAUCUUCUAAAAGGAUGUUGCCACCCUCUUCUAACAGAUGUCGUCCCAAUGCAAAAUCAGAGACAAGAAAACCAGUAAGAGAUCUUUCUACACCUAAAAAAGUAUGGGGGCUCCCAGAUAGAAGAUUGAUUUGGGGAAAUCAAGUACCUAUCAGACCUUUAACCUUGUGUGCGUUGUCUGCAAAACAAACAAAGAGAAUUGACCAACUUGCAGAGCCCAAGAAGUCCCUGCUGAAGUUCUGUUCCUGGGAUUCGUCACGGCAUCUACUUUGGAGGAAGGAAUGGAAGGGAAAAAGGGCCAUGAUUGGAGAGCACAAUCGUCGGUGCCGAAAUAGAGGUAACUUGAGGAGAAGACAUAGGAAGAAGCGCAGUCACCGCCAUAGGCGUCAUGGAGAUGAGCGCCUGGACUCCGCGUCUGCUUUAUCCGGGAGCCUUCUUGUUUCACAAAGUCUAGCUCAGAACGCCGCCUUCUUGGAACGGCCCGUAGAAAGGCGACGAAAAACUUUAAAGACCCGACGUCGUCUUGACCCAACUGCAUCACUGCGGAGGAAGAGAAAGAAAGCAAAAAAGCAUCCUCUAAGAUGUCGUCAACGACGACGACGAAAGCGACGUGACAAACGGAAGAUAGUACUACUGGCCUGGGAAGGGGCCCCACAGGAGGACUUGAAGAAAUGGUGCCACACCCAGAAAAGCCAACUUAAGAAAGCCCAACCGAAGACCGAGGAGGGACAAACAUGGGGAAAGCUCGGGCCUGAAUAUCAUAACAGUUGGGGUCGAGGGUCUAUCAUCUGGAAGCUUCCUUCAAAAGCAUUUUUUAGUUAUCCCUCUGCAAGAAUUGAAAAGCUGUCAGAACCAAAGCGAUAUAAAGAAGAAUAUCUACAAAAAAGGCCAUUCAGUUCCCCGACUUGGCACGUGAAAGAUGCUUCACAAAUCCCGGAGGCUUCCAGUAGGGUAGUUCAACUCGCUGUAGCUAAAGCUACACAUCCAGAAUACGAAGGUCCCAAACAGGUUGAAACAAAGAUCCCGCCUACUGCUUUAACUACACAUCCCACAACAAGAGUGGUCACUCUUUCUGAACCAAAGAUCAAAAUAGAAACACUAUAUUUUGAAAGAAGAACAAAUGAGUUGCCAAUUCGCCCUGUAUCCAAUGCUGCCAUGUCGGCCCAACCAAGUUCUCGUACACAACUUCUAGCCAGAGCCAAAACUGUAAAUGAACAGUAUCUUCCAGUGCGUCCAGUUAAGCAGCCAAUACGAAGGUCUACCCUAAAAUAUGUCCCAACCACAAGGAUUGAAGAACUAUCUGUUCCUAAUGCAAGAACACCUUUGACCACCAAUGGUAUUAAUCUAGACGCUUUUAAAGUCAAAGAAGCUGCAAAAGUAGCAAUAUGUUCUCCAAGAAUAGUAAAAUUGGCUGAGCCUGUUAAACGUUGAAUGCACAAAAUACCUCCAACACCAGUGAUGUGUCUGGAUUUGAAGAUGUCUGGCUCUCCUUUCUGCCAGAAAACACUCAGUGAGACCUCUGGGAGAAUCAUCGUAAUGAUUAAACAGCAAUUGUUUUCUUCUGCAUA